GUGUCCCCUCCAGGCUGCGCGGGGACCCACUGUCCCCAGGGGUGUCCGUCCCCUUGACCUGCACAUCCUGAGGGCGUUUCGCUGGGGUGGGGUACUGUCCCGUGGCUGGCUGGGCUGGGGGGCCAUGAGAUGUCCCUUUGGGGUUCCUGAUCUCUGAUUCCUGUUCCUCUGGCAGCAGCAGGUCCCCAUGGCGGGCUCUUGUCCCCACCACACCUUCCGGGGUGACCGCAGCCCACCCGGGGUGCUAGGAGCAGCGCACCCGCCGCCGGGCUCCCCUGCCUCCCUCAGUGCCACGCUGGCACCACCUGCCCUGGCCCUGCCGGCUAGGGGACUUGGGGGGAAGGGGGCAGCGGGGAGCACGGGGAUCCUGCUGCCGUUCAGUCCCUUGACCCCCUCCUCUUCCUCCUCCCCGCUUCAGGGGUCGGCGGAGCAGUGUUCACGGUGCGGGGGCCCGAGUGGACCGGACGGAUGGGCAGCGGCUGGCGAGGCUGCCUGCGUGCCCCUGCCCGCCGGGGGCCCCCCCACCAUGGCCAUCGUGCAGACGCUGCCAGUGCCCCUUGAGGCUGUUGCUGAGGGGGCCACACAGCUCUGCGCCGCUGCCCGCUCACCCCCUGCUGCCAUGGGCAGCGUGGGCAGCCUCCUGCCUGUCCGGCCUCGCCAUGACUGCGCCAGCGAUGGGGACCCCUCCACUGCCUCCUUCUGCAAGCAGGAGGGGCUACUCCGGGCCACUCCUGAGGAGCCCCGUGUGUCUGCACCCGGUGUUACCCACUCGUACGCCAACGGGGGCUUCUGUGGUGACUGGCUCGAUGCCUCCUCUCCUAUCAGUCCCUGUAGCGACUCAGAUGAUCUUCGUGAUGACCAAGCACCAAGUGAUCACCUUCGGGGGCCACCCCCCAAGCUUGUACCUGUCUCUGGCAAGCUGGAAGAGAAUGUGGAGAAGACCCUGAUCCGCCCCAUGGCCUUCAAGCCAGUGGUAUCCAAGCUUCGGAAUGCCCAGCCAGGCACACGCCUGGGGCUCUCGGAGAGCCAAGUGAGCCUCACCCACUUGCUGGGUGCUGAGAAGCCUGGCUCUCUGAGCUGCCGUGCCAGCACCCUCUCGGACUCGGGGCGCAACUCCCUCUCCAGCCUGCCCACCUACAGCACGGGCUGCAGCCAGCAUCCAGAGGUGGGUGCCCUGCCGACCACCCCCCAUGGCCCCCUCGACCCCCCAGGGGGCUGCCGCCCCUCCAACUCGGACAGCGGGCGCUCGUCCUCCAGCAAGAGCACGGGCUCGCUGAGUGGCCGGGGCCGGCCCUCCUCGGAGAGUGGCUCCUGCGGGCGCUCUCCACUGCCUGGUGAGGAGGCCAUGCUGGUGCGGGAGCUGGAGGACAAGCUGCGGGAGAGGGAGGCCGAGCUGCGGCUCCUGCGUGACAGCCUGGACGAAAAUGAGGUGGCCAUCUGCCAGGUGUUUGAAGAGAAGCAGCGUCGGUGUGAGCAGGAGCUGGAGGGGCUGCGGCAGCAUUGUGCGGCCCAGGCGCGGCAGGCAGCCCAUGCAGCACAUCGGGGGCAGCAGGUCCUGCAGCUCCAGGUGCUGCAGCUGCAGCAGGAGAAGAAGCAGCUGCAGGAGGACUUGGCCCAGUUGCUGCAGGAGCGCGAACUGCUGGAGCGUCGCUGCGCCUCCUUCCAGCGGGAGCGCACCGAGCUGGCACCCCGGCUGGAGGAGACCAAGUGGGAGGUGUGCCAGAAAUCAGGGGAGAUCUCUCUGCUGAAGCAGCAGCUGAAGGAAGCACAGGCGGAGCUGGCGCAGCGGAGUGCUGAGCUGCUGGGGCUGCGGGCUCAGCUGCGGGAGGCACGGGCACAGCUGCAGGCAGGCGAGCGGCGGGCACAGGGGCUGCAGGAGGCCACCCGCCUCAAGGCGCUGGAGCUGGAGGUCUGUGCCAAUGAACUGCAGCGCCGCAAGAGCGAGGCCGACCUCUUCCGUGCCAAAGCUGGCCGGCUCGAGCAGGAGGUGAUGGGGCUGCGGGAAGCUGCCCGCGGGCGAUGCCCCCCAGGCACCGGUGAAGGGUGCCCCCCACCUGGUGAGGGAUGCCCCUCAGCCAGCGAGGAGCCCCGGGGCAGUGCGGGGCUGCGGUGGCAGCUGGAGCGGUUGCGUGCAGAGGUGGCCCUGGAGCGGCGGCGUGGGCAGGAGCAGCGGGAUGCCUUCGAGCAGGAACGCGGCACGUGGCAGGGCGAGAAGGAGCGGGUCAUCCGCUACCAGAAGCAGCUGCAAUACAGCUACAUCCAGAUGUACCGGCGCAACCGGCGGCUCGAGCAGCGGCUCCAGCAUCUCCGGCUUCAGGGCGAGGACCCCCUGCCCGAGCUCUGUGACCCACCUGACCCGCCCUUUGAGGAGAUCACAGCCACCGAGAUCUGAGAUGCUGCCUGCCCUUGCCCCAGGCUUGGAGGGCUGAAGGGCCCUCCAGCCCCUGUGAUUUUGGGAGCUGUGGGGCUGUGGGGGGCCCCUGCUCUCCCCCAGCUCUGCAAACUGCUGGCACUGUGAAGGGGCAGAGGAGACCACAGGUGCUGCCCCCUCCCCAGCAUUGAAGUUUUGGGGCGAGGGUGUAUCAGUGCCCACCACAGGGAGGGGUGCCCGUGAGAUAUUGGGUCAGGUGGGUGCUGAGUCCUGGCCUUGGGGCCGCCCGGAACUGGUUUCUGCUGAUCCUCUUAGCUCCGGGGGAUUAGCAGCGCUGGCUUCAGCCAGGGUCACCUUGGGCAGGGGGAGGGCUGACUUGUCCCCUCCCUCUCAUCCCUGCUGGCACUGUCACCCAGUCACUUGGCGUGUGCCCUGUCCCUGCCCAUGCCAGCCUCCCUCACACCCCUUUGUGUGUUUGUCAGGGAAUUCGUUUCUGUGCCAUUUUAAAUAACUCUAUUUUUAUAGGACUUACCAAAACAUAUCACCCCCUCCCAGCUCACACCCCACCAGUCUGUGCCCCCUCACCCCUGCCAUGGGGCAGCUUGCCCUCAGUGCCUUUCCCAUGCCCUUGCCCCCAGCAUCCCUCUGUUUCCCCCCCAGAAAAGCCAGUGCCUCUGUGAUACCCAGCCUGCCAGGGGAGAGGGGCGUGGUGCUGCACGUGCCAGCUGGGGACACCCUGGGGACACCCCUGGGGAUGGGCAGAGGUGGGGGGGCCCUGCUGGGCACCGGGGGAGGUCAAACCAAAGGAAAAGUCUGGCUGUGCCCAGCUGUGGCUUGGUCACCCCUGGCUCCAGGGGGGGAAUUUUUGUACUUUAUUUCAGUCAUGUCUCGUUCCCAGAGCCUGGCUCGUCCGUGUACCACCCGGAAACGGCGAUUAAAAACAAGCCCCUGGCUGUGUUUUUUUCAUGA